AUGAAAAGCAAAUGGACGAUGGACAGGCCGCCCGCCCCGCCGCCCCCCAGUGACCCCCGCGAUGCCCGCCCCGCCCGGCGGCACGACUCGGAAGCGGAGCCCACGAGCGAGCCCGAGAGCAGCCGCGGGGGCAUGGAGGCGCCGGCGGACCCCCAGCUGCUGCUCAACGGGGCGGCCAAGGAGGCGGGCCGGCCCUCCCCCGGGCCCCCCGCCGCCGCCGUGCCCGUCAUCGAGCUGGUGCGCAGGGGGGGCUCCCUGGACAUAAAAAGCCGUGAGGCGGCGGGCGAGGCGAUGCAGAGAGCGCCGGGAGCCGAGCCGUGCCGCGCCGCCGAGGCCGCCUGCGAGGCCCGCAUGGUGCAGCUGAGCCCCCCCGCGCUCCCGCUGCAGCCCCCCGGCAGGGCCAUGCUCUACAACCUGGGCCAGCCGCUGGCCACCAUCAACAGCGGGUUUUUCGGCGAACCCGACUCCUUCUCCAUGUACGGCAGCAACCGGGUGAAGCGGAGACCCUCUCCGUACGAGAUGGAGAUCACCGACGGCCCUCACACGAAGGUGGUUCGUCGCAUCUUCACCAACAGCCGGGAGAGGUGGAGGCAGCAGAACGUCAACGGGGCCUUCGCGGAGCUGCGCAAGCUCAUCCCCACCCACCCGCCCGACAAGAAGCUCAGCAAGAACGAGAUCCUGCGCCUGGCCAUGAAAUACAUCAACUUCCUGGCCAAGCUGCUCAACGACCAGGAGGAAGAAGGAAACCAAAGGGGCAAGGUGAGCAAAGACUCGGGGAUAGUCCAGGAAGACCUCCUGCAGGACAUGCUGUCCCCCAACUCCAGCUGCGGCAGCUCUCUGGACGGGGCGGCGAGCCCAGACAGCUUCACGGAAGAGCACGAGGCGCUGGACUCGAAGCACACGCGCAGCCUGCACCACGCCAUCCUCCCCGUAGAAGGCAGCGCGCAGCGGUGAUGACACCCACGCUGCUCCCCGAGGGCCACGGGGGACAGGCCGGGCCUGUGCAGCGGCUGGAACUUGUGCCUGUGGGGUUUGUGGCUCUGCCUUUCCCCGGGAGCUCGCUCUGCCCAGCCCAGCCCAGCCCAGCGCGCUGGCUGAGGACCAGCCCAGCCCAGAUGAACGUUGGGGGUUUAGGUACGCGACCGUACGGAGGAGAAAAGCGUUGAGGUCGUCUUUGUUGUACAGAACUGCUCGGGAUGGGACUCUGAGGAGGGGAAGGAGACGUGGCUGGCGCCUCUCCGGCAUUUAGAGGGUUCCCAGACCGCUUGGUGAGCGUCUCUUUGCAAACAUCCAUCGGGGUGAGGCAUGGAACUCCUCUUCCUCUGCCCGCGGAGGCCGCCGGCGCUUUCCAGCUCCACGUGGUGCUGGAAACUGCUGCAUCACACCAGUGCUGCAGCGCUCCUCCAGCCUGAGCACAUCCAGCUGGUCUGAGCAGGAGCUUGGCCACAUAUUCCCGUUGUCCGAGAGCUUUUGACUCUAUCUUUUUAAAGAGGUGAAAAAAUAACCCUCAGCAAAAGAACUAUUAAAAGGAUUUAGA